GGCAUAGCAUAAGCAGAAGAAGCUGCGAAACGGAAGUGGAUUUUGUUACCGUCCAGACCACCUUUAGAAACCCAAAUUUGGAUUGUCUCAUUGUGAGAUUUAUAAGAUAUACGGCACAACUUAACAACAUGAUGUUCAACAGACAAACGAGUCUAUGGAUGGGAGAUCUGGACCCAUACAUGGACGAAGACUUCAUCAAGCAGGCGUUCAGUGCUAUGGGCGAGUCACCUCUGGGAGUUAAGAUCAUCACUCACAGAAUAACAGGUGGAUCUGCAGGAUACUGCUUUGUGGAGCUUGCGGACGAAGAGAGUGUUGAGCGUUGUGUUCAGCGUCUCAAUGGAAAACUUGUUCCUGGAUCCAACCCGCCCCGCAAGUUCAAACUAAACUAUGCCACCUAUGGGAAAAGACCAGAGCCAGGGCCGGAGUUCUCAGUGUUUGUUGGUGACCUGGCCUCUGAGGUGGACGACUACCAGCUGCACCAAGCUUUUAAGAAGUUCCCCUCCUGCAAAGGAGCCAAAGUAGUCACUGACCAGUACGGCUACUCCAGAGGCUAUGGGUUUGUCAAGUUUGGAGACGAGAAUGAACAGAAGAAAGCCAUUGAGGAAUGUCAAGGUACAAUGCUAGCCGGCAAGCCACUCAGACUGAGCAUCGCUGUCGCAAAGAGUCAAAAGGUGGGCACUUAUCAAGCUCAGAAUACGUAUACCAACUACAGUCAGACCCAAACCCCUUACUAUGGCAGCACAGGUGGGACCGGAGGGUACUACCCACAGUGGGGCAGUUAUGAUCAGUACAGUGGCUAUGGCAGUGGCUACAACAGUGGCUACAAUACUGGCUAUGGCACUGGGUACAGUUACAACUACAGUCCAUACGGAUAUCCCCCUCCUGGGCACAUGAUGCCACCACCUCCCAUGGGCGGCUCAUCCGCACCCACAGACGCAACAGCUGCCACAGAUCAAAGUCAAGAGGCAACCAAUCCAGCAGUGGUUGAGAGCACAGAAGAUCCUCUUGCUGUCUGUAGUGUGGACCAGUGCAACAAAGACUUUAUGCAGCGCAGUGAAGAACUCUAUGAGGCUUUAAUGAACUGUCAUUGGGAACCACUGGACUCUAUGGACUCAUCCUUUCCUUCCUCCUGAUUGCAGCCAUAUACAUUAUUUUAUUACGAUUUUUACUUCCUUCCUCUUUGAAGUUACAUGGAAAAUGUCAGAAAACCUCUUCAGUCAUCAGUACCAAUCGUGAUGCAUAUUGUCUCUGUUUACCAAGUGAAUCAAAUUUCAAAGUAUGUGGUCAAUGGAAUCUUACACAGCCUUUUACCCAGUUCAUGUGUAAUUAUAUCAUUUUUAUAGUUUUAAUAGAUGGAUGGGUAGAAAACUGAACUUCCCUGCUAAGUAAUGGUUACUUAGUAGUUAAGAAUUAUCAUGAGAUAUGAAAAAAUCUCAUUCCAGUUAAUUAUAAUCAGGACAUUAAGAAAUGUAUUGCCUCACUUAUGAAACUGUUGAACAAGCAAAAUGUUUUAUUGUAAAAUUAUGUAAAUAUUUUCUGAAAUAUUGUCUGAAAAUGUUUUACCAAUAAAAAAAAAAAAAUCUAA